CCGAUGGAUCCGACGCAUCCUCCUCCCAGUCCUCAUUUUCCAACCCUGAUUCAGCAGAGCAUCCAGAAGUUCCGGAAUAUUCAUUGCGUCCACCCGUCAUGGACCCGUUUACUGUGGCCUUCCUUGGUCCCAAGGUUGUAGACUGUGACCCGAUCCCAGCGAUGAUACAAUUGAACGGUCUAUCAAACUCGUCGAGUGGUUGCGCAAGGAGGCGGGGCGCGCCUCCCGGUUGACCAGAGCUCGCAUUGAAAUGCGCGCCGCAAUACCGCCAACCAGUGUAUCAUACGGCAGCACAACAGCAAAGUCAUUGGAGUGUUUGCCCUCAUCUCUGGAUACUUACGACAGUACAGCACGACACAAUCACGGGCCCAGUCACCGCGCCCCUAGAUUUCGCUGGUACCAUAUUUGUUGCUGGUCACUAUUACGCUCCUCAAGAUGUGCUGAUGCACUUGGGCCUGAUGUCAGGCCCUGCUCUGUCUGCACUGACUUCGGCAGGGUAUUCGAGCGAAACUGUGCGUCGCGAUCCAUCGGCACACGGGUGGACAUGGAUCAGUGGAGAAGUACUUUGGGAACCAAUGCGGCCGUCACAAUGCUGGUGGAAUUUAAUGGGUCGUGUUUGCGGCAUCAAACAGGCAUACAUGAUAUCAGAGUUGUCCCUGAGCCGGCACGGAAGUAUCCCCGUACCAGCCGUGCACCAGGUAGAUCGAAUGAUCCAGGAUCGUGCACGAACGAUGGCCGAGCAAACAAUGCACUUCGCUGCCUUGCAUCUCCACCACCUAAAUCAGUUAGCAAAGUGUAAAUGGAUCGAUUGGGAUGACCAGAAGCCGCGCGAGAACUUCGUACCUGACCUGUAUAUGCGACCCAACGCCACAGUGGAGCAGAAGGCAAGCAUAAUGGCGCUUACUACCUCGUCCAGUUCCUCCUCUCAGUUGGCAGGGGAACUGGACCCGUAUGACCCUAUCGGCGAGUUCAUACUGCAAUUGCCUGGCCGCUCGUCAACGUCUUGGCGAUUCAUUCCUACUUGGAG